AUGAGAGUAGUGGGUACCCGGGCCGGGAGUGGCGGGUCCGCGCGGGUCAGCGGGUCGCCACGUGCGCGGCUAAUGCCCUUUGUCCCGGUUCCCUACACACUGUCGUGCAGCGAUGGUGACGUCGGUGCGGUGAUGUCUGCCGCGUGCGGGCGGGACGGGGGCGGGGGCAUCGGGGCUGAGGCGGCGGGGCGCGGUGCGGCGCUAGAGCACGCCUACGUGCACGAUGUGUACGAGGAGGCAGGCGAUGCAGGGGAGGCGGGGGAAGCGGGGGACGCGCCGCGCCCCGCCGUCAGCUCCUUCCUCAAGGACCUCGAACCCGGCAGUCUGGUUUGUGAUGUCGGUUGUGGAAAUGGCAAGUACCUGGACAUAAACCCGUCCGUGUUCACUGUCGGCGGCGACAGAUGCACGCGGCUCACAGCUCAGGCCAGACAACACAACAAUGAGGUGGUCCUGUGCGACAACCUGUGCCUCCCGUUCCGCGACGAGUCAUUCGACGCGGUACUGUCAAUAGCGGUGGUGCAUCACUUUGCAACAGCAGAGAGACGCGCGCGGGCUUUGCGCGAACUGGCCCGGGUUACCCGCAUCGGCGGCCGUCUGCUUCUCACCGUCUGGGCCAUGGAGCACGAGGGCAGGAACUUUCAUUCACAGGACGUUCUCAUACCAUGGCAUCGUCCCGCCACCCUAUGCCCGCCGACACCCACGGCACGAUUUCUCUCCGUCGAUUAUGAGCGAAAUGAGUCGUGGAAAAGUCGCGAUGGAUCUCCGGGAUCAUCGUCUCUUUCGUCGCCGAACGAAACUUGCUAUUCUUUUGUAAGACGAGCAUUACAACGUCUCGCUGGACGACGCUCAUUCCUCUCUUCAUGGAGUCUAAGCACGCGAGUGAAUCAGAGACCGUGCUCACGACCGGAGCCCCCAGCUGCUGAUCUGCCGAUCGAACUGAGGCGCCUUGACGAGGCUUUGCCCAGCAGGCUCGUCGCUCAGACAUCUGAAACGACCACACUAAAGUCAAGAAGCUUAACCGACAUAGCCGACAUCGAACGGAGAGCUAUGGUCCGCUCCCGGUCCAGCCUACCAAGUCUCGGUGGUGAUGAAACAGAAGUACCUUCACAAGACCAACAGUCUGUGGAAACAACAGAAACACGAAAGAAACCAAAACUAGUAAAACAAAAGAAGUCUAUCAACGAAGACGACGCCGACGAAGACCUAGACAAACCAACAGACAUGAAGAGUAUGGUGGAAGAAAUGCCCAACUUUAAAAUUCAUACUCCACGCCUGCAGUCAAAAAAGCCUGGCGUUUUCAAACAAUCUUCUCUCAACGAAGAAUUAAUGUCUACCGAACGUUUAAGAGAAAAGGAGCGAUUAAGAAAGAACAUACAAAAACAGGCUUCGUUAAAUGAAGAAUACUUGUAUAGCAGGCCAGGAACGUUAGACUCGAUAAGAGAUUCUAUAUUCUCUACAUCUGCGACAACGGCUAAAAAGUUCCAGUCGCUUAAGAAUGGCCUCACUAAUAAAUUUAAAACCUCAACAACGAACAUUGAUAAAGUGACGGUCUUUGUGAGAAUGCUUCAAGGCUGGAAGACUCAUGGACCCGUUCCCGAAGUACCUACACCGAGCGACAGUAACGCGAAUAGCGAAAAGAGUUAUCCGGAAAGGCGGCAUUCGAAAGAGGAUGGUUCUGACUCCUCGAAAGACAGUAGUCUCCAAAGCGACACGAGUGUGGACUCGGAGGACAGUUUUGCUUCAGUUAUAUACGUACCAAAAGCUGAUGGAACGGGGGACCCCUUAUCACCAACUCCACUGUCUCCUGGACCCACAUCGCCUCGGUUAAAGGUUUCUUCCGUACCGACAUCGCCGAGGAUGAAAAGUUCACCUGGACUACCAUCUCCUAGAAUGAAACAAUCGUUUUCCUUGAUCCGGCCGCCGUCUUCACCGAACUCCACACAAAGCCCAGGAGCGGUAAAUAAAAUCCUUGUGGCACAAUACAGCUUGAAAAAUUAUUCAACGACUAACACACCGACGACUCCUCCACUAAAACCUCAGUCUAAAAGUCAGCCUAACUCUCCACCGAAGUCAGAAUCUGAGGAGAAAACUUUACCACCGGAGCCACUACCGCCUGUUAUCACUCGAAACAUAUCUGUAGAAGUUUUCGAAGAACCCGAUCCUAUACCUCCAAUUAAAGAAGAAGAGGAAACGCCAACAGAAGUAACCAAAGAACUUCUUGCAGAAAUCAAUAAAGAUAUUGAGGAAAUACAUAAAUUAACAGCCGAUACGAAUGACCUAAAGCCGCGUGUGGUCUUACAGGACAUCAAACCUUAUCCUAAAAUAACUCUACAAACUGUAGCGGAACUACCGGAGAUCCCACAGUUUAAGCCUAAGGAACCAAAUAAGUCGCCAACAAGCGACACACUUGACUCGCGGCUCGCUGAUAGGAAAAGAAAAGAAAGAAUAAGACAAAUCAAAGAAAUGCUUAACAAGGGCAUACCUCCUUUAAGUGUUUCUAGACGGCCACCUUUCCCUAUUGUGAGGACAAAUAAACCUGAACCAAUCGCUAAAAGUCACCCUAAGCUUAUGUCUCUCGAACUUUUCAAUCCAGCUACAGACGACAUGGACAGCGAUUCCAGUGGCGUUUCUUCGCCUGACUCAGUAGAUAGCGUGAUCAGCGUUAUUCCGGAUGAAUUGAGGAAAACUGCUAUAGAAAAAGAUUUACCCAAUCCUACUACAACAGAAGAAAAGAAGGACAACGCACCGAAUACACCUGAAAAAUCCAAUUCGUCGUCACCAGCACAGAGUCUAAUAGAAGCAGCGGCUGAGGUCGCACAAUCAUUGGAUGAAACCUGCGAAACUGUCAUACAAUCCAGUCCAAGAACUAAGAGAAAACAUUUAGACAAGAUUGAAAACGCAGAGGCAAUGGCUAUAGUGCAAGGAGCGUCAAGUAGCAGCAGCAGUAGUAAUUGGAGCCUUAAUAAACUAUCACCAGGGGAUUUAAGGAUAUUAGAGGACAGGUCAAGAUCGCAAUCACAUACUAGCUCCAGUGGAAGCUCCUCGAGUCUGGAACGACUCUCGCCCGGUCGACGGUCCAAAGACAGAUCGCCUAAACAAGGAAGUACAAGUAAUUCUACUUGGAGCUUAAACAGAUUAUCUCCGAACCGACUAGAUGGACGCUCACUGGACGAAAAGAGUCACAGAAGUCCGACUAGACUACCUUAUGAUUCAAUCUCCAUAUCAAGCACCGAUUCAGAAAAAUCUAUUUCCAAAUCUGAAAGUUUUAAUAGAAAUAUUGCCAAUGAACCAUUGGUGACAUGUAAAUCAGAUAUGUUGGCAAAAGAAGAGGAUUGGAUUGUCGAACAAGAAAGAAAUCAACAUUUAACCGAAUUCGCGGAAAAACUUAGCGAAAAAUUGCUGCAAGAAAUUGAUGAAUAUUCAAAACGCAUAAACGAAGACGACUUUGAUUUGCCUAGCAGUAGUAGCAGUGAAAAAAGUAUAUCACUCCGACUUAAGCGGGAAGAAGAGGAUAGAAAUACACAAAAAAUACUCGACGAGCUAUCGGACAGUUUACAACAUCUAGAAGAACCCUAUGCUAAUAAAUUAAGCACAGAUAUGCACGGCCUAAACAAAAUGAGCACAAAUGAAAAAAGAUAUAUAACUUCACUAAGUGAUACUCAAGAGUCAGAUAUAAACAAAUUAUUCCCCAAAUGUGGAUCAAAAACAAAGAGCAAAAAGAGGUCAAAGGAUGUUGAUCCAAUAAUUAACAAAUAUAGGGAAUUAAAGAAAUCCAUGAAAGUAACCAGCGAUGAAGACAUCUAUCUUAAUAACUGUGCCAACGUUCAAUACCAUGUUACCAAAAUAGUAUCAGAUGAGAAAUUGCCCGAAGUCACUGAUACCAAAAAUCCAGACGAAGACAGCGCUAUUUCUUCCAGCAAUGGCAACCCGGAAAUUACAAUCGAGUCAGGAACGUACGACACUAGUCAAUCUCUAGAAACUGGCUACUCUUUGGAGUCGGAGAUAAGUGUAGACUCGCUGUGUACCAGUACAGAUAAACGAUCUUCUCUAAAAGUUGGCCAAUCAACCGACUCGAGCGAUUUGGACAAAAUGGAAAUUAGUCCAGAAUCUAUAACAUCUAGAUCCAGUGCCAGUACUGCUCCUUUGAAAUCUGGUUUCUCCGUUGAAUCAAGUGACACUUCAGCCGGUAGCGAUUGGAGUAGAAGAGACAAAACUGGUAGCACUGCUUCCUUGGGCUGCGCGAGUCUGACCUCUCUGCCUUCGUGCAGCGAAUGUUCCAGAGAGAAGAAACUACUGGAAAAACGAUCAUCCUCCGAAGACACUGCGAUGGUAACCGCAGAAACUUGCAGGGCUGUCACCCAUGCACCUCUUUUGCCAUCACUAAGCGACGCAUCGGACAGUUUGCCGUCCGAGGGAGGUGCUGUCACCUUACAUAGGUAUUACCACGUUUUCAAGAAAGGUGAACUUGAUCAGUUGAUCGAACAGUACGUGGAAAGUCUACACGUCGUAUCGUCAUAUUACGACCAGGCGAGCUGGUGCGUUGUAGCCGAAAAAGUUCAAGUGUGGACGAUCUAAUGUGGUGUAGUUUUUCUCGGUGUUUUCUUGUGUACGCAAAUCUUAUGUGAGGUGUAUACUCUCAGACUGUUCAGUGUCUACAUCCAAGUGACCUUCCUAACGUACUCUUCGUAUCUAUUGACUUUAAAACGUUACCUGAGAUGGUUGACUCUGUGCAAAUGCCAAAAGCGAAGCUUUUGUUUUUUUUUAACAUAUAAUAGCCACUCUAUACUAAUCUAAUAGUUGUUAUUUCUAUAACCUAUAAUAAAAUUAUUCGCCCAGAACGUAGGACAACUAUAUAAA